CUAUCGUGGAAGUACUCAGCCCCAUUCAAUACAGAUGGGAUACCCAAGCUGAUGUGAAUAGCGGCGUCUAAGUCUCAAUGACGUGUAGUGCUAGGAUCAAAAAUGAAGGCCUGGGCUCCACGUCGUCCUUUGGUCGUUGGAACGAACGCUUCUCGACUGUGUGCGAGCAAUAGCGUGUAGGCACACCCGCAUACGAAAUACGCACUCUAGGACUCAUCUAAAAUGCAGUAACGACGGCUUUGUUUCAGUUGCUUGUUUUCCGCUCGCCUACUUCUGAAGGAAGUCCUCGCACAAGAAGUGGCAAAGCCCGGGUUCUCUAACUCUUUUUCACCGAUUGUAGCUCGAGCAACUGAGACAGCGUGUUGUUCGUCCUCGCGUCUUCUGGUGUGAUUUUUGCAGCAGUACUUGCAGCACGAAGGCCCGGAGACGUGAUUUUCCUCUUCUUCUACCACAUAGGAAACGUUGUGGAAAACCCUAAGCCCGAAGAUGAGCGCUGCCAAGGCAGGGGAUGUGAAAGAAUUCGAGGGUAAGUGGCGCACGGAAAAGGCUGAAGAGGAUGCGCGCUUUGCCUGGGCUUCUCUACCACCAAUGGUGGGAAAAGAUAAGGCGAUUCCCAAGGUGCAGAAAUUUCAGAACCGUCUCAAGAAAUUCACUGCGAACGAUCUGGCUUAUGGCAAACGAAAAUGUUUACUGAAGUCGAUGGAGUCGCUCCAAAGGUGAUCAGUUACAGGUCUAUAAUAGGUAGAACAGAUCAUGAGGCAUUUGUUCGAGGAGUGUGUAACAGCAACAGCUGUUGCAUAUUGUAUCUUGUUCAUGUUGAUUCACCUGUGUUCCAAAAUAUUCUGAUCGAUCAGUGUUCUGCAUUUUUCUUCAUACUGUGCCGCUGAAGAAGGAACUGAGUGCUCUGGACUUGGGAAAGUACGUAGAGGAGCUGUCUGAAUGCCUGCUUGAGAGCGUGACGACUGGUGUAUUCAAGCUAAAAGACCUACCAGCGGCAGUAGAGCUGUGCGCGAUGCUGCACGUUUCAUACCCAGACUUUUCCAGCAGUAUGGAGAAAGCACUGCAGAAAGGUUGGGGACAAGCGAGCUUCAGCAAAGAUUUGUAUUCUCGACGACGCGUCUACUGUCGAUUGGCUGGUGAACUGGCGUUGGUUAAGGUGAUGUCAGACAAGCUGCUAUUGUCAUUCUUGCAGGAGGUGUGCGGCGCGUGUGAGGCAGAGCGCACGGCCGGCGACAAAGCGGGUGCCGAGGAACAAGUGCUAUCGGCGUUCGCGAUUUUAGCAAGUGUAGUACAGAAACAAGGUUUGGCAAUCGCAGGCAUUGCCUCGAAGACGCAGCGGGAGAUGGAGGAAAUGAUUGGUCGUGAGUGGAAGCGUGCGCGAGUGUGUGUUUUAAGCGACGCAACGCAGCAAGCACUGGGCGCCGCAUUAGUGUCCGUGCUUGAGCACGCGGCAGGGGCACACUUGCUGCAGGCAAACAGGGCCGUGCAGGAGCAGGACGGUGUAAACACGGUUCUGAUGAUAGAGAAAGGCAGUGUCGACGCUGAAAACGAGGCUCGGGCGGCGCGCUUUCGCGAGCACCUCUCCGGACUGGAGAAGCACGUACAGGCGUUGGCCGAGGCGCUAGACAAGCCAAUGCCAGACUACAAAAGUGGUGCGCAGAAGCGGGAGGAAUCAGUCACUACGAGUUUUUCCACCACAGCACCGAGUGCGAGCUCACCAAACGUACUGCAGGCAAGCGACCUAACGCCGGCCGAGAUGGAGUUCAUCGGGGGCGCACUACAUGUAGACAGUCAGCUUUCGGCAAGCGCCAGCAGUGGUGCGUCACAAAUGCCUCUGGGUAUCGUGCCGGACCCGACCAUGAAGUGGGUCGACGACGCGGAGCGUAAAUUCUAUGAAGAUCUGCUCGACUUGAAGGAGGUCGUCCCGGAAAAGUUUCUCGGUUUGGGCAAGGAUCGCGGCGGCGGAAAUUUUCCGGGUGGCCACAGCCACAGCGAGGGUUACAUGGCGCCGCAAGAGCGAACGGUGGAAGUCGACACCGGAAAAUUCGAAGUCUUUUUAGACCGUCUCGCGAGUUGUGACCGCGUCGGGCAGCUGAACGAACACGCGAUGACCUUUGCGCAUGACUGGAGCUCGAAAGCGUGUCGUCGGCGCAUUGCCACCGUUUUGUCAAGGGUAAAACGCAUUCAUUCGGCGUACAUCCCAUAUCACUGCAGGUGGCUCGCGACUGUCUCUCCGUACUUCAAGGAACUUCCAGCCAUGGUCUUGAAGGAUCUCGAGAAAGAAAAAGCUGACUUGCUGCCGGAUCGCAGUCCAGAUGCUACAGUCAAGGAAAGCAAGCAGCGAAACAUCAAGUUUUUGGGCGAGAUGGCCAAAUUUCGUCUCGCGCCACCUGGUGUGAUUCUCGAUACUUUUGCGCAGAUCCUGGACAUCUUCGAAGUGGAUCUCUGCUGCUGCCUGCUAGAGAAUUGUGGUCGCUAUCUCCUCUACACCCAAGAAACCAAACUUCGGUUUGAAAACCUCCUGGAAAGGAUGAUGCGACUGAAAAAUCACAAAGGGCUGGGAAUUCGAGACGAGAUGGCUUUGGAUGAUGCGUAUUUCCUUUUUUCGUGUUGUUUUCGGACAUCAUAUGUCUGAUAGGCAUCUUCUAUCCGACAUAUGUAGGUUUCUUUUUUGAUGUUGAAUUAAAAAAAUCUUGGACUUUCACCACUAAUCAUUCAGCGAGAAUUUGUAAACGACGAAUUUUCAUAAUCAAAGCCAAGAGAUUUGCUUCACGAGUUUUGUGAUUUCUGCUCAGGUACUACCAGCUGAAGCCACCGGAGAAUAAGAAGGAAGACCUCGCGAAACAACGUGCGAAGCGAAGCGAGAUGGAGCGUUUGGUUUUGUGGAUCGCAAACACGUAUGUGUACAUCGCAGAAAACGUGGAGGACGUGGUGAAAAUGGUGAUGCACCUUCCGUGGGAGCAUCCGGAACAUCGCGUAGAGCAGUGGCUGAAACGAGGGCUGCUGGAUCUGAAUCUGCACGCCGACUACGAGCACCUGUACUGUGUAGCGACGUUUUUAAGCGGCAUGAGUCCGUAUCGCGAGGACUUUGUGCUUGACUGCGUAGACGCAUUGCUGGAGGCGAUUCAGCUAACGCUGGAAAAGAACGACUUUCGGGAUCACCCGUUGCGAGUGCGCCAGACGAAGGUGUUAGGUGAGUUCUACGCCUACCGCUUGGUGGACUCACAAGUGAUUUUCGACUACCUGUAUCAAUUUUUAGGCUGGUCGGGCCCAAGCAGCUACCGUGCAGCACAUCUGACGAGGUUGUAUGAUUUGAUCGGACACCGCAUCUUGCUGUCUGGCGAAGAAUGGACAAAAGACGCCUUUUGGGCAGGCUGCGCACCAGGAAGUAUUAGUAAAAACGAUUCUUCGAAAGACGCAGCGGGCAAGGGCGGAAAGGGCAAAGGAAAGAAAGGGAGCAAAAAGAAUGAGCCGUCCCCGUCGGGCUCAGGAGGUGGGUCCAAGUACGAAGUCGACGUGACAACAAAGUCUGCGAAUCCUAAUAUCGAUGCGGUCGCUCGUGCCAUUCGCUACUUCGGUAAGGAUUACGAGAAAUGGUCGCAAUUUGCGCGCACCAAGGUUUGGACACCAGAGUUGCAGGGCGCGGCUCUGCAUCCGGAACACGUUGGCGACGACCCGCAAGACUAUUUUCGGUUGAAGCUGAUCUGCAUUCUGCUGGACACCAUCGGGCAUUACUUCGUCAAGGGGGCAGCCAAGGUGAAGAUGCAACGAUUCGUGCUCUUCUUUCGGAGGUACUUCGCAUGCAAGGCCGACAUUCCGGUGCGCGUGGCCAACGCAGUCGACGACACACUGGAGCUUCUCGGAGAGGACUCAGGAGCCACGCUUCUUCAGCUGGACACCGACAUUUUGCGCACGCUCAGACAUGACCUGGACACGGUGAAGCUGUCCUCUGAGCGCGCGAUCGAGGACGCCGAACGGCAACGAGCCGCGGAGCAGCAGCGGGGCGGAGGCAAAGCCGACAUCGACGGUGGACCGCAGGGAAGUGACGACAGCAGCGAAUCGGAAGAGUCAGACUAUGAGACGGAUUCAGGCUCAUCCGGCUCCGCAUCCGAAUCUGACGAGGAGGACACUGAGUCCGAGGCAGGAGGUGAGGAUUCUGAGUUUCAGCAGAGGCUAAACGUGGAUCCACAAAAGGCGAUGGAACAAAACAUGGAUGACGAGAUUGCUGCCAUGAUGGCUGAGUCCGUCGAUGACGUUCGCCGAAACCGCAUGGCAGGAGGAGCCAACGCUGGGGUAAACUAUAUGAUAGUUGUUUGGUACCGUUUCUCUUUACACAGAUUAUUUUCAACUUGUUGUGCCACGUCAAGAAUGAGAAAACAUUUUGCAGAGUGACCAGUUGAUUCUUGUUCGGUGUGUUUCGGUAAAGAAUAUAUUUACUCGCAAAACUUAUAUAUGUUGCUUAUUUUUUCAGGUCAACAAUUUUAUGAAUGCGACGCUUCCGACACAACCAAGUAGUACACCCACGCAGACGAAACCUGGAUUUCUUGAAUUCAAGGUCAUGGCGCGAGGUCGAGCGAAGCAAGUGCAAACGAUCCAGGUAGAUAGGAUCUUUAGGACGCUACGGAAUAAAUUACAUCAGCGAGUUUCACUUGUUGUAAUCUUUUCAUCUCAACACGCUGGACGAUCCGAAGAAAUUCUUGAUUUUUCAUACCUAUCCAUAAAUUUUUCACCCACGCAAUCAAGGUUCCGGAAGAGAACAAGCUGUCCCAGAGCUGUAUGAUGAACAUGUCGCUCAAAUCGGUAGAGGAGUCGAAGAAGAGGCACGAAGAGGAGCUUCUGAGGCAACGCACACUCCAGGCUGCGCGGCUUGUUGAUAUGCCUGACCCGGCAACCCCAAGGCAAGCGCAGUACCGGCAACCCCAAGGCCGCGGUGGUUAUCAUAGUAGUGCCGGGUACCAUCACGCCGGAGGGAACUAUAAUCAACACCACAGUGGGAAAGCAGGCGGGCCGCCGAUCCCUGCGGCGCAGGAUGAUGCGUACUUGUCCAGCAACAUUUUGCCUGAAGCGCCUUCGCAACACGGAAAUGUAGUCUACAAGCAGGGUCGGGGCGGAAAUCAGCGAAGAAGAUAGACAACAUCUUGUAUUUCUUUGCGUGAAAGCAUCUACAACUUGUUGAACCGGACAACCGAGGACCAGUUAGAACCUACGACUAUUGCAGGUGGAUGUUAGAUGAAGCAGAAUCAACUACUCUGAUAGUGCACCUCUGAGGAUGGAGAAAAAGGAGAAGUAAAGCGGGGGACAGUUUGUUAUCUUACGGCUUUAUCAGAGAUUGCUUCAGCAGCCCGAAUCAAUCGACAGAAGAGAAAAUCGCUCCAAGAUACGAGCAACGAACCCGAGUAAAGUAUUUUUACAGCGCUAUCGCACGGCGGGAACGAUAGCAGGAGAGCGUUUCUGGGUAGAUCGUGCAGCUUUGGCGGCUUGAUCGCGAAACCAUGACAGGUAAUUGUAAGAGCCGCAUGCCGGGUCCUUCUCGCAACAACGGCAUUCCAGCUUUGCUUGAUGCCUUUUGUUUUCUGCGGGCAGCUCGAUGAACAACGUUUUUUCGGGCCCAACAACCUAGCGGAACACCUGGUGGAAGAGCACUUUCAGGGUAGCCUGCUUUUCAUCUGUCUGCAUUACGACUUAAUUCCGCCGAGUGCGUACUGAGAUCUAAGAGUUUUUAUUGUGUGAUCCAAGUCAAAUGAACCCUGACCCUCAUACUCAACAUAGAAUAGCUUGAUGUUCUCCGCCUAGUGAUCGCGUCCCAUGUUUUACCCCAAUCAAAUCAUCUUCCACCGCGCAAGACAGCGGGUGACUAUUUUUUCCGCGGCUUCCUACACUGUCACUUUUAAUAUUGAUUUCACACAUUCUCCUGGCGGUGGCAACGUCACAGAAAACCCACUCAGCAUGAUUCUGCUACAGCGACACUAUAUCAUUUUUUUUUGGAUAAUAACGACAUACAUUCAGACAGCGUCGUGCUUGACUC